AUGGCGAACGUAUCACAAGGAUUAUUCAAGCUCCCAAACGAGCUUCUUCUCGAACUUGCUGCAUCGCUCGGCCCUGCCUACCUCCGGCGCCUCAGUCAAGUCAACCACCGCCUUCUCGACUUCGCCCUCGACUAUUCUCGAACACAUGUCAGCAGACUCACCGCUCUACCGGACGAUAUCGUACUGAGAAUCGUUGCGUAUCUGGGGAACUUUGCGCAUCUGGGAAACUUUGCGUAUGCAGGAUAUCUGGGAGAUCCGGGAAAUGGGGGAAAUAUAUAUCUAAGCCCACUCGCACAAGCAAGCCAUCGGUUCUAUCCUCUUGUUAUGGACGCCAUCCUGCGCGAGGAGGUACGCACGCGGAGUGUCAGCCUGAUGAAAUUUGCUCUUGACAAGAGAAGGAUAGGGAUGGUAAAAAGACUAUUGCAGAGGGGCGCGGAUGUGGAAGCACGUAUUUAUCACGAACCGAGGCUCAGAUUCUACAGUCCUCAGUGUUCUAUGCACUGCGUGUGCUUUAGCGAGGUGUGCUUGACAUUUUCGCCUUUAUCAAUCGCUACAUCGCACGGUGACGUAGAGAUGGCCAAGUUGCUCCUGCAUUUUGGUGCAGACGUCCACGCAAUCUCUGCACGCAAUAUUGUGUGUUGUUACGAGAAAAAGUUACGCACACUUGUAUCUACGCCACUUCUACAUGCAGCAUAUCACGGUCACGAAGGCCUGGUACAACUGCUCCUGCAAGCUGGCGCGAGCCCGGUCGUUCAGGACAGCCUUCAAAUACUUUCUGUAACCAUAACCGAGCGACACGAGCAUAUCGUAUUACGGCUUUUGCAAGCUCUGGAUUCCGUCAAUGACCCCAGUGAUUCCGUCACAAAGGAGCUCUUUCGGGUGGCUUCUGAAGGAGAUUUCCGAUCACUUCCGUCAGAACUGGUUAGGAAAUACGAGCAUGUCAUCCUACGGCGGUUACCGUCUGUGACAUCAAUCGAGUGGCACCAGGAAGGCUAUAUUGCAGCUAUCAUGGAACUAGCUGUAGCCGCAAAGCUCGUCAAGGUUGUCGAUUAUCUCGCUCAAUUGAAAACACAGCUCCAAAUGGAACAGACGGGCUACCUUGAUUCGGCGCUAUACAACAUUAUCUCAUAUGAUACCUGCAGAGGCGAGAUUCGUAAGAGGGAGCUGCAUCAAGAGGUCUACCAAAUCGUGGAGACGCUGCUAGCGCAAGGUGCAAACCCCGAUGCAUCUGGGCAAGGGGAGUCUGCUCGAGACAUGGCGUCAACUCAUCCAGACCCUAGAGUAAGGAACCGGUUGCUACGAGCGGCACAAAAGCAGCCUCCUAAAGACCUGGCCUCUCAAGUAGGACGUUCAUGGGUCGAUCCGUCGCAAGCUUCACCGCCACAUGUCCCAAGACGAUCAAAACGAUCGCGCCUGCCCCCUCCAGUAAAUCUAUGGGAUUUCGUAAAGCCUCACAACUGGCAAAGGCAAUCUGAUGAUCAGGAGAGCGAUGUGUCAGCUGUUUCAAAGAGUAAUGAAGAUGAUACUAGUGGUGGUCAAGUGACGAGUGUCUCGACCUCAAUUUCAAUAAGCGCAGUCAACGCCUCAGGAGACCACACAAAGCUACAGUCACCACCUACUAGUUUCAAUAUGCCCUCAAUUCUUUCACCGAAAAGUGUAUGGGCCGAGAUUCGUUCCACGACAACACCUGCUUCAGCACAGGCAAGGGCAAGCCAAGACCACGCAUUUCCAGCCUUGUCAAGGCCGCAUAAGACGAGCAUGGCCAACAUCAAAAGCAGCAGCAUGGCUACUGCUGCGUUCAGAGGCAAGACUGAGGCUAGCAAGACUGUAUUUAAGGCAAGUGACACCAAGCAGACGUAUGCGACUGGUGUAGGUAAGACACCAAGCACCCAGCAGAAAAGCGGAAAGUCAUUGAAGGGGAAGAAGAAGUGGGAGAAGCUAGUCAUUUCUUAG